AUGGCGACGAUCAACACACCCUCGCCUUCGCCCGCGCCGUCGCCGGGCGCAACGCUCUCCGCCGUGAUCGCCGAGGACCGACGGCGGGAGGCCCGCCGCCGCCCGGGGGGGCUCGGGCAGGGCGGCCUCCUGCCGCUCCUCGUCCCGGCGUGCGGGCGCCCGGCCGGGCAGGCCGGCGGAAGGACGCCGCAGUCGCAGCUCAUGCUCCGCCUCCACCGCUGGGGCGCCUCGUUCCUGCCCAAGGGCGGCGCCGUCUCGCGCAAGCUCGAGGCCGCGCGCCGCGCGCCGAGCCCGCCGCCACGGCCUAGGCCGUCGCCGAUCGCAACGACCCAGGUGGUGCCGCCGCCGCGCCACGAGAACGAGGAGCCCGCCGGGAACGCGAGUGUCCCCGAGAGGAGGCCUUUGAGGGAGAGAGAGGAGCCCGCCGCGAACGCGAGUGUCCCCGAGAGGAGGCCUUUGAGGGAGAGAGAGGAGCCCGCGGUCCGCGCGCCGGGGGCGGGAUCGGAGGCCAUUGCCGGAGCGGACACGUCCGCCGGCGGCGAGAGCGCCGGGAGCAGCGAGCGCGCCACGCCGAUCACUCCCGUCAAAAGAGAAGGCACCUGGCUCAAGGUUUCGCCCAACACCGCAGUGAGAUCCCUGUCACUGCAGACGGACACCAGCUACGAGUCCCCUCAGUCCCUAUCCGAAUCUCCCGCGUUGGCGGUGGAGACCGCGGACAAGUUCGUGUGGGCGGACAAGUACCGGCCCAGUGUCCUCAACGACUUCAUCUGCAACAAAGCCGUCGCCGCCGAGCUCUACCAGCUGGCUGUUGCACACCAGUGCAAACAUUUCAUAUUUGAAGGGCCGCCGUCAGUUGGCAAGAGAAGCAUGGUGCUGGCACUUAUAAGGGAUGGUUUUGGUCCUCAUGAUCUCAAGAUAAAGGAACAGAUAAAGAGAUUUGAGUUGAAGGGAGAAAUUAGAAAGCACAUCGAUGUCAGAGUGAAUAUUUCAGGACAUCAUGUGGAGGUAAACUUGGCCGAUUUACAUGGGUAUGAGAAGUAUGUCAUAACUACUUUGUUGGAUGAAUCCAUGCCAUCACCAAACUCGGUCUGUGACCAUAUUAACUGCAGAGUGGUUGUUAUUCAUGACGCUGAUAAGCUCUCGUCCGAUCUUCAGCAUUAUAUCGGUUGGUUCUUGGGGAGGUAUGCAGGGUGCAACAAGAUCAUUUUCUGCUGCUCUGAUGCUUCUAACCUUGAAGCUGUCAGACAUCUCUGCAAGGUCGUGACUCUUCAGCCACCUUCAUUUGACGAGAUAAUAAAGGUUCUAGAGUACAUUGCAACGCAAGAGAGCAUUGAUUUGCCUCGUGAUCUUGCUAGGAGAAUAACAGUCAGCGCAAGUAAUAAUCUCCGACAGGCAAUACGCUCUUUUGAAGCUACUUCCAAGGCAAACUACCCAUUUGUAGACGACCAAGUUAUUUUGACAGGAUGGGAAGAGGAAAUCUCUAAUGUGGCCAGAAAUAUUAUGGAGGAGCCAAGUUCAAAGCAACUGUUUGUUAUCCGGGGAAAGAUCAGAAAAUUGAUUGAACAUAGUGUGUCACCUCAUUUCAUUUUCUCGCACUUGGUCGCUGAAUUGAAAAGGGACAAGGAUGAAGAGUUUCAGCACAGUAUUGAUAAACUGGCCUUGAAUGUGAACCAUUGUAAACAAUGCAAGCUUAUAAAAGAGCAGUGCAAAGGAUGCAAAUCUCCAGAGGCAGAUUUGAAAAUGAGAAACAUGAACAUAGAAGGUUUUACCGAGAACGUUCAUGACCAUGGCGAAAGCAUCCAGUGCUUUAUUAAGAUUGAAGAAUUCACUGUGAGGUUCCUGAGCUUCUACAGAUCCUUAAUAGCAAAGAAGUCCAAUAGCGGUGGUGCUCAAUGAAGAAUGCCUCUUCGCUUUGAUCGCCAAAUCCCCUCGUGGAAGAUCUGUCGUACUGCUGGUACCUAAAUAAGGUGCGAUUCGUCUUCGGAUAAUCAAAGCACUUCAAGAAUGAUACCGUGGUCUUAUGUCUACAUCCUGUAAAAUUGACCUGUAUAUGAUCUCGUCUGUAUACAUUUAUAAUACAUAUAA